CUGAAGUGAAAGUGAAAGACAGUUUGCUCUCUAGUCAAGAAGAAAUCCUUAAUUUUACAUACAUUUCUGAAAUUAUCUACAGGAUAUUCACUGAAUCUGAAAGUAUUAUAACUGCAGUGAAUUCUGACUCCCUGAAAAGAGGUUAAAAACACAGGAGGAAGUAAAUGGCUGAAUCUUCAUCACAAACAAAGGGCAGAAAAACGAGGAGCAAGGAAGAACCAGAAUUAUUUUCUCAUGACUCCAGCAGUCUCCUGUCUGAAGAUCAGCUGCUGUGUUCGAUCUGUCUGGAUGUGUUCACUGAUCCAGUCACCACUCCAUGUGGACACAACUUCUGUAACAGCUGCCUUACACAGUGCUGGAACAAGAGUCAACACUGUCUCUGUCCAUUAUGUAAAGAGAAAUUCACCAAGAGACCUGAACUGAAGAUUAAUACAACACUGAGAGAGGUUGCAGAUCACUUCAAGAAGAAAAGAGAUUCUGACAAACCUGAGGUUCUUUGUGAUGCCUGCAGUGGAGAGAAGCUGAAGGCCCUGAAAUCCUGUCUGGAUUGUGGUGCUAGUUUGUGUAAAACCCAUUUAGAGUUUCAUAAUAAUAUGCCCAAAUUUAAGAAACACAAGCUUAUAAACCCUGUGGAGAACCUGGAAGACUACAUAUGCCAGAAACAUGAGAGAUCUCUGGAGCUGUUCUGUAGAGAUGAUCAGACGUGUGUGUGUCAGUUCUGCACUGAGACAGACCACAAGAAUCACAACACUGUUCCUAUAGAGGAGGAGAGCAGAGAGAGGAAGACUCAGCUGGUGAAAACACAGACAGAUGUGCAGCAGAUGAUUCAGGACCGACUGAAGAAGAUAAAAGAGAUCAAACACUCAGCAGAGCAAAGAAAAAGAAGCACAGAGAAAGAGAAAGCAGACAGUGUUGAAGUCUUCACUGCUCUGAUUCGCUCCAUUGAGAGAAGUCAGGCUGAGCUGCUGGAGGUGAUGGAGGAGAAGCAGAAAGCAGCAGAGACGCAGGCUGAAGGACUCAUUAAAGAGCUGGAGCAGGAAAUCAGUGUGCUAAAGAGGAGAGACACUGAGCUGGAGCAGCUCUCACACACUGAGGAGCAUCUCCACCUCCUACAGAUUUACUCCUCCAUGUGCAGCCCUCCACACACCAAGAACUGGACUGAGAUCAGUAUUAACACUGAUGUGAGUGGGGACACUGUGAGGACAGCUCUGUCUCAGCUUCAGCAGACUCUGAAUGAGAAACUCACUAAAACGCUCAAUAACAAGUUAAAUGAAACAGUUUCCACAGAACUGAAGAGGAUUCAGCAGUAUGCAGUGGAUGUGACUCUGGAUCCUGAUACAGCUCAUCCCAAACUCAUCCUGUCUGCUGAUGGAAAACAAGUGACACCUGGAGACACACGACAGAAUCUCCCUGAUACACCACAGAGGUUUAAUCAGUGUGUCUGUGUUCUGGGAAAGGAGAGUUUCUCCUCAGGGAGAUUUUAUUAUGAGGUGCAGGUCAGUGGGAAAACUGACUGGGAUUUUGGAGUGGCCACAGAGAACAUUAACAGGAAGGGGAAGAUUAUACUGACUCCUCAGAAUGGAUUCUGGACUGUGGCUCUGAGGAAUGAGAAUCAGUAUGAGGCUUUUGCUGGUCCCCCUGUUCCCCUCACACUGAGAGAGAAGCUGGAGGUUGUCGGGGUGUUUGUGGAUUAUGAGGAGGGUCUGGUCUCCUUUUAUGAUGUGAAGUCCAGAUCUCAUAUCUACUCUUUCACUGGUCAGACUUUCACUGAGAAACUCUAUCCAUACUUUUGUCCUUGUAAUAAUGAUGAAGGUAAAAAUUCAGCACCACUGAUCAUCUCUUCUGUAUUUAAAACUGAAUAAAUUUAAUCAUUAAAAUGAUCAUCAGAUGGUAAGAGUAAAAAGAAUUUGUUUACUUUUUUGGUUAAAUUUUAGAAAUACAUAUUUUCUUUUAAAAUGCUGUACAGAUUAUUUUAAUACCUGGCUUUAAUUGCAAUCCUACAGUCUGUUUGUUAUGAUUGUGACAUUAUUAUUGUAGAACUUUGUCAUUACAAAUCACAUAUUAAUAAACUGAUUAUCCAGCAAUCAGGAUAUUUUAUGUUUGUUUUUUGUUUAUGGGAAUCUAUUUUAUUUC